UAUAAAAGGGGUCCGCCCCGCCGGGGAUUUGCCCAUUUGCGAACUGAAAAUGGCACGAUUUGGUGUUCCCUCCUCCAGCUGCUGGCUUCUGCUUGUGCUGGCUUGUGCGUCACUCUCCACGGUACAGUCGGCACCCGGUAACGGCUACGGACGCAUCGUCGGCGGCGAGGAUGCCUCCAAGGCCCAGUUCCCCCACCAGAUCUCCCUGCGGAACGCCGGCUCCCACAGCUGCGGGGGUUCGAUCAUCUCCAAGAACUUCAUCCUCACCGCCGCCCAUUGUGUGACCAACCAGCAGGAGGACGGAUCCUUCGUGGCCAUUGACGCCGAUAGGUUCACCAUCCGGGCCGGAUCCAAUGACCGGUUCAGCGGCGGUGUCCUGGUCAACGUGGUCGAGGUCAUCUUCCACGAGGGAUACAAUACCAACCUGCACAACGACGUGGCCGUUCUCCGGCUGGAGAGCCCCCUGAUCUUCUCCAGCAGCAUCCAGCCCAUCGCCCUGCCCUCCGUCCAGACCCCCGACGACGCCGACAUCAUCGUUUCCGGCUGGGGCAGACUCAAGGCCGGCGGGGAUCUGCCCCGCUACCUUCAGUACAACACCCUCAAGUCCAUCUCCUUCGAGAAGUGCGACGAGCUGAUCGGCUGGGGCCUCGAGAUGGAGCUCUGCCUCCUCCACGAGGCGGACAACGGUGUCUGCCACGGGGACUCCGGCGGCCCGGCAAUCUACAACGGCGAGGUGGUCGGCAUUGCCGGCUUUGUGUGGGGCAGCUGCGGCACCACCUACCCGGACGGCUACUCGAGGGUCUGGUACCACAAGGAGUGGAUAAUCCAGCACACCGACCUCUAAAAGGGUGCCCAAGGGAUGUGCUUCUUUUUUUUUUUGAAUAGCUGUACGGAAAAUAGUGAAAAAUUCAAUUUAUUAAAUGGUUUUUUUCAAGAAAAUGAUUCUUUUUAGUUCGGAAUAUGGAAGGAAGGAAGAUUUCCAUUUCAUUCUUCAUCAAAACAUACAAUUUUAAUAUUUUUUAGAGUAUUUUUUCGAGUUUUUCGGAGAGAAUUUCGUAGAAAAAAGUGGGAAUAUAGACCUGUAGACCAGUCUAAAGUCUAUAUCUCCGACAAUUCCCAAUAGAUUCUUGAGAGGAAUGUCUUGAAAAAUGUCUAAAACAAUUUCCUACAAGUUUCUGCAUUCUUUUGAUUUAUUUCCACUAUUUUUGUUAUGAAUAUAUAAUAUAUAUAGUAAUUGUUAUGCAAUUAAAUAAAAUACCAGAAGGCCCUGCACCCAAAACUGAA